CAAUGAUCUGUAGGAUGUCGUUUGUUUCCCAAUAGUUAUAAUAUCUGUGUAAAGCAAAGAUGUAAUGUUUGUUGUUGUUUUGAAUAUUGUGCGCGUGUUGAUGUUUAUAAUGUAUAAUAAGUUUGGUUAGAAAUUGUUUUGUUAGUGGCACGUGACUGUCGUAAAUAUAUAGCUUGUAAUAUUGUGUUCCGUUUGUGAGAAAUGUGGGUCCUCAGUAAUUCGAAAGGUGACAGGUAUUAUUUAUUGACUGGGAGACAACAUACCGUCGGACGAAAGGACACAGAUUUGUUGUUACGGGAAGAUCAGUCUAUAAGCAGGAAACACGCGAUACUAGAUGUGGAACACAAGAGUGAGAAUUGGGCAAAUCCUCAGAAGCCUCCAGUUGUAAAAUUGAUAGAAGCUGGAGCAAAGUAUGGCACAUCAGUAAUCCCCCAAGGUGGAGAGAAGCAAGCCUUACCUGCUGACUCAACAUUCAUACUUAAGGAUGGGGAUCAGAUUCAGUUUGGUUUGCAGUGGAAUCUGUGGAAGUUAGAAUAUAAACCCCUGGUUGUGUCACUCUCUACCCUGUCAUCAGAAGAGAAGAGGAAUGUCAAAGCUGUGAUAUCGAAAUUGGGAGGUCAUGUAGUUGAUACCUGGUCUUCAGCAUGCACACACCUCACAAUGUGCAGUAUCACUUUGACAAUUAAGGCAGUCUGUGCACUUGCUGAUGGGAAACCAAUAGUUACACCAGAAAUGUGGAACAAAUAUUUGGCAUCAGCUGAAGCAAACCUACCCAUUCCAGAUUAUGAAGAGUUCAUUCCUCCACUUGGAGAAACAACAAUAAAGAAAAAUGAAGUUUCAUUCAAAGUUAAUGAGAAGAGGAAAACUCUUUUCAGGGGAAAGAAGUUUUUGUUUUUUACCAGAGCACAUUGUAACCAACACCAAUGUCUUGUGUUGGCUGCAGGUGGAACUCCAGUUUGUAUAGAGGACACAAGAGUAUCAAAACAGGAGCUCAUUUCACCAGAUGUAAUUGUUAUGCAAGUUGCUGAUCGAAGUUCCCAGUCAUCACAAAUGCCCAGCUUUUAUGCUGACUACAUAAACUAUCUGCAGGCAUCAUCUAGGAGACUUAUACCUGUGAGUGAAAUUGGCUUAGCUAUUUUACAUUGCUCACUGGAGAAAUAUUGCAAUCCAGCAUUCAGCUUUGCAUCUAAACUAUUACAAGGAUGUAAAGGAACAGUGAUCCAAGACUCUUCUGAACCAGUAUUGGCACUGGACACACAAGAAGCAGAAGCACUUUGUGGUAAAAUUAAAGCAUCUUCUAGUAACCUAUUUGAAAGAAAGAAAAUAAUACCAGCAAGUGGAACAAGUGACAAAGAUUGUGAAAGUACUUCAGGAGUGGCACAAAGAUUUGAGAGUGAUGAACAUCAAAAUACAGGCUCAAUGGACAUUACACCUCCAAAGCAAGUACUAUUUGUAGAACCACAUGCAAGACUGCAAGAAAGAGGAAAGGAUUCACCAUUGUCAAACAAAGUGAAGCCUUUGCCCAGUCACUCCAAGAGACGAUCUGAUGAAGAACUUGCUCCAUCUAAAGCAAAAAGACAACGUAUAAGCGUCCAUGAAGGCCAUGAUGCUGAAGACCUGUUUGCAUUCGCUUGUGAUAAAGAGGAUAAGAGAAAAGAGGAAGAUUUAUUUGCAUUUGCCUCUGAUAAGGAGGAAAAGAGGAAAGAGGAUGAUUUAUUUGCAUUUGCUUGUGGUAAAGAGGAAAAAAGAAAUGAAGAAGAUUUAUUUGCGUUUUCUGAAGAUCUCGCAAGAGGAUUAGAAGCCAAUGAGCCAACAGUGAAAACGAAGACAGGAAAAAGAAAAAUGCCAGAUAACAAUUCUUCUUACAAUACACCUAAAAAGAAAAGUCAUUUAGAUUCAGUAAUGGAACCAGGACCCUCCAAGGAAUGUCCUGAUGAAAAAAAAUCGGAUACACAAGAGGAGUUCAUAUCAAUAUGCCCAAAAGUUGAGGUCAAAGUAGAAGAUGAUGAUGAUGGCCACAUUACUAUUGGUGUGAACAAGACAACUAUCCUGCUGAAGGACUUGGUCAUCCGAAAAAAUGAAUGUUCCUCUGUUAGCAGUGUUAAAGAGGAUAACACAGUUGAAAACUUCAAAAAAUUCAGAAAGGCUCGUCUACCAUAUCAGCGUUCUACACCUCACAUUAUUGGAGGAAAGGAGUUAAUCUUGUAUGAAACAGCAACAAGUUCCUUCAGUAAAGUACAAGAAAAUGGUGCAGAUAGUGAUGAAGCUGAUGAUGUAGAACAUGACCAAUGGGCAUUCCAGCCUUCACAGAAAUCAAAAAGAAAUAGAUAGACUUUGGGAAAGAGACAAGCUGAAAACUGUUAUAAUACUUUUUGUUUGCAUAAAAAAUGGCACUGCAAUAUAAGAAUUAAAA